AUGGCGCAGAAGGGGCCGGCGGAGGCCGAAAAGCAACAGCCGCCGAGCCCGGGGCGGCAGCGGGAGGGGGAGACGAGGACGGGAGCGGAGCGGCGGCGAGCCCCCAACGGCGUGCGGGAGGAAGGAAAACAGCCGGGCAAAGGCGGGCGCAGGGGGGCGGCGGGCAGAAAGCCAAGAAGGGCACCGCGGACGAGGAAAGACGAAGGCCCCGACUGGCCCGGGAAGCAGGACGCCGAGCCCGAAGGCCAACGGAAGAGGACCGAAAGCCUAGAAGGGGAGCCCAGGCGAAGGGAGACAGAGCGGAGGCGGGCGGGGAGCACGCGAAGGGCGGCAAAGGAACAGCGCCGGAGGCACGACCCG